AUGGCAUUCUUGUGCUCAAGAUUGUCGUGGAGAAGAGACUACCUAGAGCACAUCAAGAUCAUCGUAGAUCAAGCACCACUCGACCUAAGACUAGAACACAAUGAAGUAUGUGUUAGAUAUAGAUUUGGAAUGUCCUUGUAAUCUUCUCCAUGGAUAGAUUAACUCUUAGUUCAAACUAAUUUUAUCAUUUAUUCUACCAUUCCAUUGUAUUAGAUUCAUUCUCUCUUUUUUGUCAUGUUUUUUAUUUCUCUUGUCUUCACUCUUUUUAGAUUUAAUUCUACCUUACAUGAUCUCAAAUAUAUCUAUAUAUAUAAGAAAUAAAAUAAGUAAAAUUCUUACACUCAUUACCCAUGUUCCCUAAAGAUCAACCAUCUUAAAUAGAAGAGUGAGGUUUUAUAAUUAUUAUUUACAUAAACUUGAUUAUAUCAAAAUGAUAUAUUUAACCUCUAAAUCGAGUUCAUUAGUGUCUACUUCUAUAUUGAAAUUACAAUGACUUUUGUUUCUUAAAUCUAGAAAGUGUUAGUGUCAAAGAUUAUUUUUCUUAUUAGAAAAUUUCUUUCUUAAAGGUUAUAGUCAAUUAAUUUUUUUUGCUAAAGUUCUAAUUAUGGAGAUUAGGAUUUUGAUUCUUACUCUUUAAAUCACUUCAACCAAAAUAGUUUCCAGACAUUUUAUAUUAUUUCUGACCUUUAUUCUUAUGAGCUAGAAAGCUAAACUAUGCAUGCUACUUGAAAUGUCUAUAAAGGUUUUUGGAGGUAGGAAAGGUAUAAAUAAAAGAGGAAAUUAGCCAAAAUCAGAGCACUUGAUGAUGAUGACCAUCGUUCUCCCUUGUCACAACAAUGUGACUCUCUUCCUUGUCUUUCUUGUCCCAACCAUAAUAUCCUUCUCACAAUGAAAAAAAUUGACUUAAGUCCCUUUUCUUAUUGGUCUUGUUCUUGUUGUUGGGAAUUUUUCUCCUUCUCAUGGAAAUGAGGACAUAAGGGGCUUAUUGUUAACCCCCCGUUCCACCACUAGAGACACCCUAUCCGUUAUUUGAAAAUUGUUGUUGUAGCAUAUCCACUAGAUAGGAUGUCUUAGUAAAUGAGAAACACUAGUCCCUUGGUUAACUAGCACACUACAUAUGCCCUCUUGACUCAAAAAUUCAAAGCACAAUGCUGAACUCUAAAAGAAAGGUUGGUUGUAGUGCUAAAUGCCAAGGGCCUUCUCAAGGCACAAGAAACAACAUAUAACAUGAAAUUUAUAUGUCAAGGGGUAAUACUAAUGAGUAGGUGACUAGGCCAAUCCAUCCCACUUAUAAUCUAUAAGAUAUAAGGUCUAAGCAAGGAUUUUUCCCACUUCAUACUGCAUGACUCGAUGUCUAAAAUCCAAAUAAGCCUUUAUUCUCACUUGACAAUAAGCAAAAUAGUGCUUUAGAUAGUUCUAAAUUGUACCGUGCUAUCACAAUUGCUGCUAUAAUGAAGCUACACUCGAUAGAGGCUCAAAAAAAAUUUUGUUUUAAACAUAUACUCACUAAGAUAGCUCAAAAAACUCUUAGAUAAAUCUAUUUUCUAAUUUAAACUUCAUGAGUAAUUUCCUAUCAAUUUUAAAAUAAUUCUCAAUAUCAUAAACCUUAAAUAAUCAUGUAAAUAAAAAGAUUAAAAAUAUUAAAUAUUUCAUUAAAAGUUACGAAUUUUAACAUGAAUUCAUCACAUCAUUCUCAACUUAGUGCUAAUAUUUUUCACUUAAAUGAUUCACAUUUUAUGUUAAUUCAUGUGAUAAAUACUUUGAUUUUAUCUUAAUUAUUACUGAAAAAAAAGCAUUAUCAUACUACCAUCCAUAAGGCUAAAAUUUAUAAAGACAAUGAGCUAUAUUAAAGCCAAAGAUAAUCCCUCAACUUAAAGUGUUGUAGGCCUUUAAGUUGGUAUCAAUCAAAAUAUUUAUAAACCUAACUUCUAAUUAAUUUUGAGCAUGUGGUCAAUUAGGGUUGUAUCUACUAAGAUUGAGCUUUAGAAUAGGGUUAAGAGUUGAUUCUUGGUGAUGAAUGGGGGUGAGAUGAUAAGAAAUGAAGUUCUGAGGUAGGGAGAUAGAAGAGUUUUGAUUGAGGGGUAGAAAUUUGGGGGAAAUGUGAGGAUAUGGGUUCAUGUAGAAAAAAAACUAAUCACUAUACUAACAUUUAACUUCUACUCUUAUUUAGUGCUGAAGUCGAGAGGUAAUCAUGUUGCACUAGGAUUGAACACUCACCGUAGGGUCUUAUUUACCAACCUUGAGCUCUAAUCAUCUACAAAUGAGUGUGCCUCCUUUCUUGGUGAGCCUAACUUGCUCCAUGCACUCCUCUCUUGAUCAAUCAAGACUUGCUAAAGAAAACCUCAUUUAACCUUGAAGAAGAAGAGGAGAGGGAUCUUUAAGGGUUUAUCAUGUGGUUGACUGAUAAGUUUUAAUUAUCAUGAGUUAAUAAUUAGUAAAUAAUAUACUUUUAGCCUUAACUCAUGAUAAAGAGACUUAUAUUUGUGUUAAAGUGUGAAAAAUAAUUUUUAGUUAAUUAAUGUGAAUUUUUAGGUAAUUAUGUGAUUUUAUAUGAAUUUAUAUGAUUUUUAUAGUCUUACUUUUGAGAUAAAUGAAGAAAAAAAAUAAAAAAUAAAAAUAAGAUAAAAUGAGGGGGACUUACCAGUCAAUUGGGCCCGCAAGUAGGUUGAAAGCUCAGUCGAGAAGUAGCCACGAGCAGGGGCUCGAGCGACUUGAACCGAUAGGGACACAUGUGUGUCACUCCCCUUCCACGUCACCGGUGGUGAGCUGGUUGUGGGGCAAGGAGUGGUCGAACACACGAGAGAAAAAACUUUGCUUAGAAAUAUAACAUUAGUAUAUAAUCGUCCGAAAAAUUGGCACACAACUGAUGUGGGACUAAACCCGCGUCACACCUUAGAAGGGGCCGGCAACCAGCAUAGGUUUGAAUCCUCCCAAAGCCAAAACUCAUUUUUUUUUAUUUGAUUAUCACGACUUUCUUGCAGAUCGUUGGUGAAGGAUUAAGCAACCAGAAUCAUUAGAUCAUCGACGAAUCUCGCCAACACGAUUCGCGAAACAUUAUUACUAAAGUUGUUGAAUAAUUCGUGAUAAAAGGAACGAGAAUCCAUCAAGUAAAACAUCUCCAAUUGAUCGACGAACAAGCUAUCAUCGAGAAGAAGAUGAUCUACUGACAGAUGAGUCGUCACCUCUUGAGAGCAUACCGGAUGUAAUGAAGAACCUCCUCUUGCUGCGGGAAUCUGAGGAUGAAGCUCUCUAACACACACCCCACCUCCUCUUCGUCAGGUGACAGCUACCAGAGAGCUGCAAAGUUGUCAUUUUUCUACUCUACCGGGUGACAGCCAUUGGAGACGAUUUGACGACCCACUUCAUUGAUCUCUAGACUUCACCAAGAGAUUUAAAGAUUGCCCAUGUCGUCUUUGUCCAAGGAGAGCCUUUAUGUUUUGCCCACCCGCUUCAUUUAGUGAUAAUUUUUGGGUUUUUAAUUUACCAAAAUAUACUCUGUUCAAUUACGAUUCUUCUAGCUUUUACGGAUCUUAAUUUGAUUAAUUAAAUCGUCUGUAAUCGCUUAUGUAAGAAUCACCGAGUGAAACUCUAUUUUUGUCUGAUUUGCAUUCACUGGGCACUAAUGUCAUGCUAACGUCCGCACCCUUAUUUCCCUUUUUCGUGAAUUUUAAAUAUAUUUUCUUUUCAUUUCCUAGUAUAAAAUUCAUAGAAAAUCAAAUUUUAUUGAUAAAAAUUCUAAAUAAUUACCAAAUAUUAUAUUACAUUCUGUGAUCGAUUUGGAAAAUUAUCACUAUUUUUGAAAGUUUUAUUGAAUUAUAAUUGAUAUAUUUAUUUAGAAAUACUUCUAAAUAUCUAAAAAAUUGUAUUUUCUAGUUUUAUAAUUUUUAGAUUUACGUGAUUUAAUAUACAACGACUGAGUCACGUCACUGAUCCUCAUCUGGGUCCUCAAAAAAUCCCCAAAUGAGAUGAACAAGUUACAAUAAGUGCCCCUGGUAUUUCUCUCUUUUUACCCUUCUUAAGUUCACUUCAUCAACCUUUUCCAAAGGCUUUUUAGACAUUUUAAAGCUCGAUUCUAGCACUUGAGGUUUUGAGAAGUUUCGCCUAAUUGCUCUGGCCUACGAAUCUUGGGUGUGGUUCUGCCUGGUCGCUUUGGUGAGCGGACCUUGAGGUGUGGUUUUGCCUGGUCACUCUAGUGAGUGUACCUUGGAUUGUGGUUCUCGCUUGCUCUAA